AUGGUUUCUGGUGAAGAGGAUAGGAAGCAGUCAGAAAAAGCAUGUCCACCACAGUCCGCAGAUCGAGCGUCCUCAGCUGAACGCAGAGCAGCGAAGAAGGAGGCUAUAAAGGCUUUUCUAACCCAAAGAAUUUCUGAACAGGCCUCCCUGUUAGACUUCAACGUUGAUGCGAGUGCCACUGAGAAGGCAGAGGAGGCGAGGAUUCAAUGUGGUGUUUAUGAAGCGAAGUUUGGACAGCUUACCUUCCAAGACGGUCGUGGCAUUUGCCACGGCCAUUCAAGCGUAGCUGCAUCUGCUGAUCGCACCAUCAUGACAGAUAUGGCCAAAGCUUAUGGGAGUCAGAAUCCCUCAUGUAAAUAA